AUGGCGCCCUACACGCUGUUCGAUAACCCCCUGGCUUAUUUUCCUGGCAGGGCGCGCUUGGCGCUUGUUGAGAAGAAGGUGCCGUUUACUAGUAAGGUCGUCAACCUCUUCAAUGGGGACAGCCUCAAGCCAGAGUAUUUGAGGAUCAACCCCGCAGGCACCGUGCCCUCGCUCGCCGAUGCAGACAGCAAGGUGCUGUUCACCCAGAGCAGAGAGAUACUGGAAUUUGCAGACAAGUACGGCGACAACCCCCUGGGAGCCCCUGGCGCCGACCCAGCUCUUGUGAAGUCCUGGGUCGACAAGGUCGCAGACUGGGACGGCAACCUGUACGUUGCCGGCAACGCGCCUUCGGCUGCGAAGCUGCUCGGCAGUCUCACGGAGUUCAAGAUCAAGUUUGCUCAGGCACGUGCAAAGGAUGCCCCCGACCUUGGGGACAUCUAUGCGAAGAAGAUCGCCGCCAUGAAGGCUGCCGGGGAGGAGGGCAAGAACCCCCAGGCUGUUGAGGCCAACCGCAAGCAGCUGGUGGCGAUCCUGGACGACGCCGAGGCGCAGCUGGCCAAGACGCCCUACCUGGCGGGCACAGAGUACUCCAUGGCUGAUGUCAUUGUGACGCCAGUGAUAUUCCGCACAGGACUCACGGGGCAGACCAAGGAGCUGCUGUCGCCGCGGCCCAAGGUGUCAGAGUACUACAACCGCAUGAAGGCGCGCCCCUCCUUCCAGCAGGUGUUUGGUCCAGCGCUCAGCGGCAGCACGGCAGCCACUGCGAUCCUGCCGGCGCUCUUCAAGGCCUGGCUGGCUGGCGUGACUGGCCGGUACUGA